GCAGCAGCAGCAGCAGCGGGAGGUUUUGCUCUUUACGGGCCGAAAGGGUUUCUCCCGGGCGCCCUUUCCCCUCCCGCCGGAAUGACCUCCUAGGCGCCUAGUGGGCGGCGCCCGCUUUGGCCCUGUCCAAACGGCGAGAGGAGAGGGGAAGGGGGGGGAAGACAAGGCACUUGAGGGCCCCGUCCCAGCCCUCUUUCCCAAGCCUAUAUAGAGCCCGGAGGGCGCCGCUCCUCCCGGGAAGCAGCCCGGCACUUGCGCUUUUGGAUCCGGCGGCGGCUGCGCCUCGAUGGCAGCGCUGAGUCCCUACGUGCCUGAGCUGCGGCGCCUGCUAGAGCGAGACCCUUAUCUGGCUCCUUUUGAGGAAGACCUCCAGCGCAGGUAUGGGAUCUUUCAUCAUACGUUGAAGAGCAUUGAAGAAAAUGAAGGUGGCCUUGACAAAUUCACCAAGAGUUACCUAACAUUUGGAAUCAACAAAUUCGUUGAUGGAGGGCUAUAUUGCAAAGAAUGGGCUCCUGGAGCAAAAGCAGUGUUUCUUACCGGUGAUUUCAAUAACUGGAAUCCAUCUUCCCACCCAUACAAGAAAAUGGAUUAUGGGAAAUGGGAGUUGUUCAUCCCUGCUGGGCCAAAUGGAUUUUCUCCUGUUCUUCAUGGAUCAAAACUAAAGCUUGUGAUAGAAACUCAAAACGGAGAGAUUCUUUAUCGCAUUUCUCCUUGGGCAAGAUAUGUAGUUCGUGAGGAUGCCAAUAUCAACUAUGACUGGGUGUUCUGGGACCCACCCCUUCCGUAUAGAAGGAGACAUCCUAUUCCUAAGAAGCCGAAAAGCUUAAGGAUCUAUGAAUCUCAUGUGGGAAUUGCUUCCCCUGAAGGGAAAAUAGCUUCAUAUAAAAACUUCACACACAAUGUACUUCCGAAAGUCAAGGAUCUUGGAUAUAACUGUAUUCAGUUAAUGGCAGUGAUGGAACAUGCUUAUUAUGCCAGUUUUGGUUAUCAGAUUACAAGCUUUUUUGCUGCAUCAAGCCGUUAUGGACCUCCAGAUGACUUGAAGGAACUGAUAGAUGUUGCCCACUCAAUGGGAAUCACAGUCCUCUUGGAUGUCGUACAUAGUCAUGCCUCGAAGAAUUCUGAAGAUGGACUGAACAAAUUUGAUGGAACAGAUGCUGGCUUCUUCCACUCUGGUCCUAGAGGGACACAUACACUAUGGGAUAGUCGACUUUUCAACUAUGCAGACUGGGAAGUCUUGCGGUUUCUUCUUUCUAAUCUAAGAUGGUGGGUAGAAGAAUAUAGCUUUGAUGGCUUUCGAUUUGAUGGUGUAUCAUCUAUGCUGUAUCACCAUCAUGGUGUUGGUGAAGCCUUUAGUGGAGAUUAUAAUGAAUAUUUUGGUAUGCAUGUAGAUGAAGAUGCUCUGGCAUACCUAACAAUGGCAAACUACAUGAUACAUCUCUUGCAUCCGGAAUGUAUAACAAUAGCAGAGGAAGUGUCUGGGAUGCCGGCUCUUUGCUGUCCAGUGACAGAAGGAGGAAUAGGAUUUGAUUAUCGGCUGGCCAUGGCAAUUCCUGACAAAUGGAUUCAGAUAAUUAAGGAGCUAAAGGAUGAAGACUGGGACAUGGGAAAUAUUGUGUUCACAUUAACGAAUAGACGAUACGGAGAGAAAUAUAUUGCAUAUGCAGAGAGUCAUGACCAGGCUCUUGUUGGUGAUAAGACCUUGGCAUUCCGUCUAAUGGAUGCAGAGAUGUAUGACAAUAUGAGUGUUUUGGCACCUUUUACACCAGUUAUUGAUCGAGGAAUACAGCUUCAUAAAAUGAUACGCCUCAUUACCCAUGCAUUGGGAGGAGAGGGCUACCUUAAUUUCAUGGGUAACGAGUUUGGGCAUCCAGAAUGGCUAGAUUUUCCCAGAAAAGGAAAUAAUCAAAGCUACCAUUAUGCUAGGAGACAGUUUCAUUUAGCUGAUGAUCAACUUCUUCGCUAUAGAUUCCUAAAUGCAUUUGAUAGAGAUUUGAACAAACUGGAAGAAAGAUUUGGCUGGCUUGCAUCACCACCGGCUUACAUCAGUGAAAAACAUGAGUCAAACAAAGUUAUUGCUUUUGAGAGGGCAAAUCUCCUAUUUAUAUUCAAUUUCCACCCAUCUAAAAGCUAUACAGAUUACAGAGUUGGUAUAGAAAAACCGGGGAAGUAUCAAAUUGUAUUGGAUUCUGAUGCUCCAGAGUAUGGAGGACAUGGCAGAUUGGACCAUAAUACAGAAUUCUUCUCUCAGAAUUGUUCACAAAAUAAUCGACCUAAAUCUCUUUUGCAACCCAAUUCACUGAAUGAAAGUGGUGGCCAGCACAGAGGACAGCAGGACACAUACUACCUGGAGGUUUACAUUCCAAGCAGAGUGGGCCUCGUGCUUCAGAAUAUGGAUAUUCAGAACUGAAAAUUUUCAUUCUAGAACUGCAUCUAUAUCAGCAAAGGCCAAGUGGUAUUUUGAUUGGUGGUGGUAUCUAGGACUUACUGUUCCAAAAACAUUUUUAUUUCAAGAUACAUUGAUAUUGGGAGAUUCUUAUAUAUGUUUAUUCUCAGUUUAUAACUCUUAAGCCUUCUGAUUGUGAAUUGCUUAUUCAAAGUGAGCAUAUAUGAAAGUGGAAGAAAGAAGAUGGUGUUGCUAACAGCUGGAUGUUACAAAAAUAGACUUUGGAACAUUUGGUAAUCUAAAAGUAAGGUUUUCCGGUAUUCUAUCAGGAAUAAUAUGAUCUAUUUCAAAAUGCAUGCUCUGUUUUCAACUAUUUGCUGCAAUUCCAUUUAUAAUUUGUUUUGAAUUUAUUUUUAAAUAGUCUAUAUUUCCAUUAGUUAUUAUUAUAAUUUUGACAUAAAAGGCUAAUAUAUUUCUUGAACACUGGAUUACAAGUUACAGGGAUUUUUGUUUUGUUUUCUUGUACUGAACCACUUUUUAAAAAGGAGUUAUAAGACUUAAUAAAAUGUUUGCAGGACAUUGAUUUGGGGAAACCACAAGAUUGAAGAAAUUCCAUUUACAGAAGGACUUUAACAAUUUUUUUCAAAGUAAACCCACUGACACUGAGACAUAGGUCCAUGGAUUUGUAUUUAUCAAACUAUAUGACAUAUAAUUUUUAAAAAUGGAGUCUAAGUCUUAUUUUUUUAUAGCAAUAGCUUCAAAAUAUUAACAAAACAUAGCCAAAAUCCUGUUGUGCAGCUCCAUGUGUGCAAUGAAGACAAUGUCUUCAGUAGUGACAAAUCACCACUAUUUAAAAUCUUUCUCUGGCAAUGUUCGGGUGCACACUAAUCAAUCAUAUUCUGUUUAAGUCCCUUGCACUGUGGAAUCGCCAGAGAAUAUCUUUGAUCAGUAGUGACUUGCCGCUGAUUAUGAUGUCAUUCCCAUUGUGCUCACAGAACUGCACAACAAAAUUUUAGCUAAUAUUUUCUGUCUAUAGAGAUUUGAACGAUGACCAGUUUUGUACUUGUGUCUGUGUGUGUGUUCAGCACUCGUGGAAGCAAGACUUUCUUUACUUCCUCCACCCACUUCAGAUCUUUAUGGCACAAAUAACCUGUUGUAGAGGUUGUAGUGGCCCUCCAGAGCAAGCUUUUCUAGUUUAUACUCGAAACAUUACUGAUUUAGGUGGAAGCAGACAUGAUUCAUUGGGUUAAGAGAACUCUAGGAUAGAGCUUUGAACAUAUGUGAGACAUAUGAGAUUGAAGUAUUUCUGGAUUAAAGUUUAGUAGUCUUCAGUAGUUUAGUAAUAGGAAACUGGCUCAUCACUGGUUAUGCCUUAUCUUGAGUGUUGUGUCCAGUUCUGGGCACCACACUUUAAGAAGGAUGCCAAAAAACUGGAACAAGUCCAGAGGAGAGCAGCGGGAUCAGGGAACUGGAAACCAAGCCCUGCGAGGGAAGAUUGAAAGAACCAGGCAUGUUUAACUUUGAGAAAAGAAGACUGAAGAGGAAUAUGAGAGUACUUUUCAAAUACUUGAAAGGUAUUACAGAGGAGG